ACGGCGCGUUCGUUUGAAAGAGAUACAAACAAACAGAGAAGUGAAACACAGAGAAAGAGAUUAAUUUAUCUCUUAAAGUGGGUUUAUAGGAUCGAAAUAUACCGAUAAACCUUAAGUAAAGUGCACUACAGUAAUGGCAGAUACCUCCUUUCAAUAAAAGCGGCGGAUAAUUCUUUUAUUUAUCAGUUCUUUCUCCGUAUCCAGGAUAUCCCGAUCAGCCAUGGACUCCAAAGAGAGGGAACGAGCUUUACUUCUUGAGGAAGAAGUUAAGGGCCUGUCGGAAGAGCUGGUCCAGUGCCAGGCAGAUAAGGAGUUUGUGUGGUCGCUAUGGAAGCGCCUCCAAGUGGCCAAUCCGGACCUAACUCAGGCUGUGAGUUUGGUGGUGGAACGUGAGAAGCAGAAAGCUGAGGCUAAGGACAGGAAAGUUCUAGAAAUUCUUCAAGCGAAAGACUACAAGAUUCAGGAGCUGGAGAAGGAAGUGACAGCGCAGCGGCAGGAGCUGAGCAGCCUGGGCCAGAGGCAGCACGAUAGAGAGGAAGAGCGAGAACUGAUGAAGAAGGAGCUGGCAGGCCUGCGCCACAAACUGGCCAAUAAAACUCGACAGCUUCAGGAGCUGCAGGAAUAUGAUAAGGAGCGCGAGGAGAAGGAGAAGCGUGUGCAGAGUGAAGCUGAGGAGGCCAGGCGUGGUCUGCAGGAGCGCUGCAGUGUUCUACAGCAGGAGCUCAACACAGUGCAGGAGAACAGCAGGAGGCAGGAGGAGCUACACACAGCCAGAGUAAAGGAGCUGCAGGAGGAGUUGGUGAAGGCCAGAUCGGAGCUUUUGGAGUUUCAGGGCCACAGUGCUGCUCUGUCUGCUCAGCUUUCUCCUUUAGAGCAACAGGCUUCAGAGAGAGAAAGGCAGCUUCAGCAGCUCAGGCAGGAGCUGGCGGAGCUUCAAGGUUUGUAUAGACAGAGUGUGGAGCAUGCAGGAGAACAAGCAGAGCUGAUUCAGCAGCUGGAGGGACUCAACCUGGACACACAGCACGUCCUGCGCAGCCAAGAACAGGCACACAGCACACACACUGCCUCAUACCAGAAGCUCUACAGUGAACUGAGUGUGUCGUACCAGGCCCUACAACACAGGGAGGAGGAGCUGCAUCAGAGGAACUUGGUCCUUACCACGCAGUUGCGUCAGAGGGACCAGCAGGUCUCCCAACUCCAGGCUGAACUCCAGCAGCUCCAGCAACAGCAAAGAGACACAGUGCAGGCUGUAGAGCAGCAGUGUGGUGUGUGUCAGGAACCACAGGCCUCUACUCCGGUUCCUCCCCCGCAGCAUGAGGAGGCUACAAGGGGAAAUGAACUUCAAGUACAGUCUAUAACUUCAGGGACACAGAGCUCUGGAGCUGAGCAACAGGCGCAGCAGCGCUCCAGAUCACUCUCUCCAGGUAGCAGGAGCAGCAGUAUUGCAACUGAGAGGAGGAUCCAGCAGCUGGAGGAGUUACUCUCGCUCAAGACAAAAGAGAAUGAGGAGUUAAGGAGAGCUCAUGCAAAACGUCAUGAUCGUCUACAUCUGAUCCAGACCAACUACAGGGCGGUGAAGGAGCAGCUGAGGGAGGUGGAGGAUGUGCAGGGCCAGUCGAAAGGCAGGAGGAAGCGCGCUGAGCCGUGGCAGUUACGGCAGGAGAACAGCGAUGCCGUUUGGAACGAACUGGCCUACUUCAAGCACGAAAACAAAAAACUCCUCACAGAAAAAGCCCACCUUGAGGAGGAACUGGAUGUUGCACGUGUGCAGGCGGCCACGGAUCGUGCUGCAGCCCUAGAACUACGCAUUUGUCUGCAGGAACAGCAAGAGCUGCAGCUGAGAAGUGAUGAAAAAGAGGCAGUCAGCAGCAACCCAGUCCUGCCAUCUGCCCAGAGACUGGACAAAUCCAUUAAGAAGAUUGAAAUGUUGGAGUGGAAGAUGGUAUGUUUAGAAAAAGAGACGGGACAACUGAGAGAGGAUAACCAGGCCCUGCAGGAGGCCUCUGAAAUCCUGUCCCAGGAGCGUACUGACCUCCAGGCUGCUCUGAAGCGAGCCAUGUCUCGAGAGGAAGCAGAGGUGGAGAGACUACGAGGUGAAGUCCAGGCUUUGGAGGCCCAGCUGCAGAGCUCCAGGAGAGAGGCAGCAGAGGCUCGGAGAGCAGAGGUACAGGCCAGGCAUGUUGUGCUGCGGCUCAGACAGGAGCUGGGGGUCCUGAAGGCGGAGAGAGAUUUCCACAGAGCCUCUGCCCGCCGCUGGAGUAAAGCUACCAGGCCCAGACUCCCAGCAUGCAGACCCAGAGGCCCGACCCAAACACACAUGCACCCGGAGCAGCAGCGCAGGACACACACACGCUCGGAGCAGCAGAGGACACACAGCCCUGCCAAGGACGAGUGGGAGGACAUGAGUCCAGACAGUGAGACUGAGGAGUUCUCCGACAGUCUGGAGAGCCAGCCUCGUUCACAGACUCGCCGAAAUCCAUCUGUAAAGGGCUGCAGGUACAGGCUGAGCGCUCUCGUAGACGGGCUCAGAGACUUCACCACAGAUCAGCCUCAAAGCAACCCAGGGCCAGUGAGGAAGAACCUGAGGAAGACGAGGAAGAUGAAGAGCACUGCACUCCAGCAGAGGCUGCUCUGUCUGCAGCAGCAGGUGGCAGUGUUGCAGUCGGCCAGCAGGGCGGCGACACGCAUGGCCCAGGAGCAGAGCGAGAAACGCACUCGAGCUCAGAUGGAGCUGGAGAUGCUCACUCACAGACUGCAGGCCAGCAAACAACUCUCACAGAAGCAGACGUGUGAGUUGGUGGUGCUGCAACAGCAGAAGGCCAUGUUGGAAAUGGAGUUGGAGCAGUGGAGGAAGUCUUGUUCUCCAUCUCAGGUGCAACAGCAACCUGCUGUUACCCUGGACCCUACCCAUCCCAUCAUCAAUGCACCAUCUGCCCCAGACCCCAACCACCCCACUCUCAAACAGCUGGAGGCCGACAUAAAACAGCUCACCAGCAAGCUAAAGAAUGCCAGUGCGGAGGUGAACAAACAGAGCACUAUGAUCAAGGGCCUCAGGAUGGAGCUGCACGACAGGGACCAACGCCUCAAAGAACUGCAGGACAAGCUGAGUCAUGCUGAAAGGGAUGUGGUUAUGAAGAGGCAGCUGGUGGAGGACCUGCGCAGCCGACUGAAGAUCCUGCAGGAUUCAGAAAGCAGCCGGCGCUUACUCAUUGAUGACCUGGAGAAGAAGGUGAAGAUUCUGUCUGAGGAAGCAGCUAACCGGAAGGCUUUUAUUGAGUCUCUGAAGAGAAGGCUGAACGUAGCCACUCAGGAGAAGAACCAGUGUGAAUCCACCAGCCAAAAACUCAGAGAAGAUCUCCAGAAAAAAGAUCAGAAGCUGGCGGCGAUGCAAGUGCGGUUGGGCGAGUGUGAGCGGUCGCGGGCGGAGCUGGAGGAGAAAGUGUGUGUGCAGGUGCAGGCUGUGUCCCAGCAGCACUCGGAUGCCCUAAAGACGCUGCAGAACAAACUCAGCCUGGCACAGUGCCAACAUGAGCAACUAAGGUCCUUCACACAGGCGCUGGUAGUGGAGGUGGCUCGAGAGGUGCAGGAGACCAGAGCAAAGCUAAGGAAGAGGAAGAGGGAGAGGAAGAAAAGAGAGAGAGCAGAUAGAGGAGUGUCCAAAAGCUCUAUGCAAAAAGCUCAAUCCAUCGCUGCUUCCAUUCUCAACCUGACCCAAACUGACCUUGCCAGCAUGCUAGACACAGAUGAGGAGGAAGACUGUGAUAAAGAAGUAAGUGAGGAUUGGAUGGAUCGUGUACGACUGAUUCUACAGCAGCGGGUUCCCUCUGCUGCUCAGUUGGUGGAAACUGUGUUGGAGAAGCUAAAAGAGUUCAGAUUACUGACGGAGGAACUGGCCGUGUUCACUACAUCUGUCAGCGAAAAUGCCUGACCGCAACAGAGGGGAAAAAAUGGCCAGCCGGAGCCUGUUGUCCUCCUUUAGGAUUGCCAUCUCUCCUCUUUCCUCUCCUCUCCUCUCUUCUCUCCUCUCUACUCCAAAGCAAUUGUUCCCCCUAUCAGGAUGUCAGGAGGACAUUUUUCUGGUGUCUGAAGUGCUUCUUCAUGUUUGCGCUGGUGCUACAAGGCUAAUACAGCUAAGA